AUGCAAAUUGAUCGUCAUGUAGCUAAAUGCGGCGAUGACGUAGUGUUGUACGGUUAUGGCUUCAGUGAUACGCGACAUGGCACUUUUUUCGGGUUAAUGGCAACACUUUGGGAUGAACUGACCGAUCCUUAUUUGCGAUAUUUGAAAACGAGAAUCCUUGAAAGGAACUGCUAUGAAGAUGAUUUCAUGAAGACUAAAGUAUCUACUGGCACUGGAUGUAUUGGUGAUUCCGGGGGCCCACUGUUGAAGAACGGACGCAUUAUUGGAAUUUUAACUGGUGGAACACAAAAAGACAACAUUUGUGCUAUUGGCUACGAAAAUCAGUACACUAGAAUAAGUGCAUACGUGCAUUUUAUCAAAAA